AUGGCUUAUAUAGGAAAUGAGGGUGAGAUCUUCCUGUCUUUUGAUGAAAAUGAGAAUAACUGGAACUCUAUCCAAAAAUUUGAGUGGAACAUUGAUGGUGCUGCAAGUUUAACAGCAUUUCGGGACAAACUUUAUUUAGCUUUUGUGAAAAAACAAAAACAAGGCAAACAUUAUAAAAUAUUUAUUUCAUACUCUAAAGAUUGCAUCAAUUGGAUUGAUCCUUUUGCAACUGACUUGGAUUUAUAUACACAUUUUUCUGUUGCUUUGAAAACAUUUAAGGAUAAACUUUAUAUGGUGCAUGUAGGAUCUUCAUAUGAAAUAAAUAUUUCAUACACUGAUGAUGGAAACAAUUGGCAUAAACCAUACAUGACUAAUCCUCAAUAUAUUUCACAUUCCUCCUUCUUAUUAGAAAAUUUUGAUAAUGAACUUUAUUUAACAUAUUUUUAUGGAGAAUGGAAUAAUUGGAAGAUCUGUAUAAUUUCAUCUCAAGAUGGAAGGAAUUGGAAAAAGACUCCAACAUAA